UGUCAAACAUGACGACCCAACGAAGCCAUAUUUGUCUAAACUGUCAGCAUCCGUUGAGGUUGGAUUUCACACAAAGAAGGCCAGAUUCAGCGGAUUCCGAGAAAAAAAGCGAAACAGUUAUCACAGAAGCUCUGACUGGACAUUCUCGAAACCUCAUGAAGCUCAUCUCGGAUGCUCAAUUCCCAUCUGAUGCUCCAGUUUGUAAUGAUUGCUCUGACGCUCUUCGAAAUGAAAUGGAUGCUCAAGUGGCGACACUCGAUGAUGAAAUCAAAACCUAUCAGACUUAUAUAAAUUAUUUGAAAGAAAACCAUCCGACAACGUCGAUUCCGGAUUUAAAAGCUAAACUGCAAAAUGUUUCCGAUGAGGAGAAGGAGCUGGAGCAACAGUUGAAGAAAUUGUUGGCUGAGGAAGAGCAAUUGGAUUUGGAUCUUCAGACAAAGAGAAGGACUGCAGAAGCGGCGUCAGAAAAGUCUGGGGAAUUGUGGAAAAAAUACAGAGAUAAUUUAAGACAAGUAUUCGAAGAUCAGGACGAGCUUCAUUCGCUGGAAGCCGAACGUCAAUAUGCAGAAGUUCAGCAUAGAAAACUAACAGACACAAAUGUUCUCGACUUGUGCUUCCACAUUUGGGUUGAUGGAAUUGUUGGUGAAAUCAAUGGAUUUCGGUUGGGAUAUUUAAAAGAUGCUCCAGUAGAAUUUACAGAGAUCAAUGCAGCUCUAGGACAAAUUGUUUUGUUAUUAGAGAUCCUGUUGGAGCGUAUCGGCGUACAACAUCACGAACUGAUGCCCGUCGCCAUGGGUAGUCACUCGUACAUUAAGCUUCGUCGUAAUGGCAUCGACAUGGAAACGUACGCAUUGUAUGGACAAGGAACUCCACUAUCAGGAUCAUCUGGAAUUGAUCCUGGAAUUCGUCGAUUCUUGCAGUUGCUCGAGUUUUUGUUGAAAGAGCUCAAGGAUCGAAACAAAAAUUUCAAACCACCAUAUCAAAUUCAUGCUGAUUCACUGGUUGACAAUGGUGUCAAAUACAAUGCAGUUAUGACACUCAACACAGAUGUUCGAUGGACUCGUGCAAUGGCUCUAAUGCUCACAGAUCUCAAAGCUGCGUGUGCUCAAUGCGAUGCUCUCAGAUCGCCUAUUUAGUGAUUUCACGGGAUCAAAUGUAGAAUAACAUUUUCAACGCUAGAAAUUUUUUUUUCAAUUUCUCAGGGACGCUUCUUUAAAAAAUAUUCAAUUUUCAUUGUGAUUUCUAGUUUUUUUUUUCAAAUUUUCUGCUGGAAUUCUGCCUUUUCCCCAAACUUGUACCAUAUGUAAAUAUAUUAAAAGUAAAGAUUUUUAUUGC